UCUCGCCGAAGCCCUCAUUUUCAGUCUGCAUUCCUCGGCGAACGGAGUAGGAGUCUAUCUCUAGUGUUUUGGAGGUUUUUCUUUGUAGCUAUGGCGACCGCAACCCCAGCAACUACUGCUGCAGCAGUGCAGCUUUCUCAGAAGGAAGCCGACAUCCAGAUGAUGUUGGCUGCUGAGGUCCAUCUGGGUACCAAGAACUGUGACUACCAGAUGGAGCGCUACGUCUUCAAACGCCGGAAUGAUGGGAUUUACAUUAUCAACCUUGGCAAGACCUGGGAGAAACUUCAGCUUGCAGCCAGGAUUAUUGUUGCUAUUGAGAAUCCUCAGGACAUUAUUGUCCAAUCUGCAAGGCCCUAUGGUCAGAGAGCUGUGUUGAAGUUUGCACAGUACACUGGUGCUCAUGCUAUUGCUGGGAGGCACACUCCUGGUACAUUCACCAAUCAACUUCAGACAUCUUUUAAUGAGCCCCGUCUUCUAAUCCUGACUGAUCCUAGGACUGAUCACCAGCCCAUCAAGGAAGCAGCCCUUGGAAACAUUCCAACAAUUGCAUUCUGUGAUACUGAUUCUCCUAUGAAGUUUGUUGAUAUUGGUAUUCCUGCCAAUAACAAGGGAAAGCACAGCAUUGGUUGUCUGUUUUGGCUGUUAGCAAGGAUGGUUCUUCAAAUGCGUGGCAUCAUUCCUCCUGGACAGAAGUGGGAUGUCAUGGUGGAUUUAUUCUUCUACAGGGAUCCUGAAGAAGCCAAGCAACAGGAAGAGGAAGAAGUUGUUGCUGCCCCUGAAUAUGGACUUCCAGGUCCCGAAUAUGGAAUGGGUGCUGACCAGUGGGGUGGACAAAUAUCUGAUGCUCAAUGGGCACCUGAUAUUUUCUAUGGGGAUUUCUACCAUUGGGAAUUUAUUCUUAAUCUCUUUUUGGAUUUAUUUUAUGGAGAUUUCUACCAAGAAAAUUGGUUGCAAUUGGAAUUGGUUACAAUAGUUGCUUACCCUCGGAAUUGUGCUGUAAAGUUGGUUAAUUGGUCCGAAGUUGUUUCAAGUGGUGCAAGCACCCUCGAUUUCAUUUGCAAAAUUGGUUGUUGGUCCAAUCAAGGUACUAGAGCUCUCAAUUCAAGGAGUAAUAAAGUGGAGAAAGGUUUCCUUAGAUUCAAAUGGAUGGUUAACCAAGGUGAAUAAUAUGAUUAAUCAAUGUUUGGGUGAAAUGUGCUAUCAAAGUUAUUGUUAAAGUUUCUCAAAAAGAAUUGGUGGAUGAUCGAUUACAAAUUUUUGGGUUUUGAUUAAACAAGGUUUGGAAGAUUAAUGUUUAUUUAAACUAUGUAUGCUAAGUGUUUGUAGAAUUGGCUAAAUAGGGUUUUGCUAAGACUUUCUUUCUUAAUAUGCAUCGAGAAUAAGUUUUUUCAGAACAU